GUGCUCUCAGCGAAUCACAGGCGUUUUUUGAGAAACAUGCUAGUUAGCUGCACCGAAACGCUAAACUUCCAUUAGCGCAAGGCUAACAGAACCAAAGCGCUGUCACUCCAGAGGUCUCUGUCAAAAUGCCUCAGACCAACAAGUCAGUGAGCGGUGGCUCUGUGCCAGGACAGGUAUCAGCUCCAGACCAGGGUGAGCCUCCGCCAGCGUCAGCGAAUUUUAAGGUCCAGGUGGCUGCUGAAGAUGGAGAUGGAGGAGGUACUGCAGAAGAAAAGGGAGACACUGAGAUCAUCAAAUCACCCAGUGACCCAAAGAAAUACAGGUACAUCGAGCUGACUAACGGGCUCCGAGCGCUUCUCAUCUCUGACUUCAGCGGGACAGAUGGGAAGGGAGUCAGUGAAAAUGGAGAGGACAGUCCGGAGACAGAUGGUGAGGAGGAGGAAGAGGAGGAAGAAUGUGACGAACAGCGGGAUUCUGGAGAGGGGUCGGAGGAGGACGAGGAGGAGGAUGAAGAGCAGGAGCAGGACAGCGACUUUGAGGAGCUGGACGAGGAGAACACAGGGAGGAAGAAGAGAGGCAGCUCUGAGAAGCAGGCGGCAGCUGCUCUGUGCAUCAGUGUGGGGAGCUUCAGUGACCCGGACGACCUCCCCGGCCUCGCACACUUCCUGGAACAUAUGGUGUUUAUGGGCAGUGAGAAAUACCCAGCAGAGAACGGCUUUGAUGCCUUCCUGAAGAAGCAUGGCGGAAGCGACAACGCCUCCACCGACUGUGAAAGAACCAUCUUCCAGUUUGACGUGCAGAGGAAGUUUUUCAGAGAGGCGCUCGACAGGUGGGCUCAGUUCUUCAUUUGUCCUCUGAUGAUCGAGGACGCCAUCGACCGAGAGGUGGAGGCUGUGGACAGCGAGUACCAGCUGGCGAGGCCAUUGGACUCGCAUCGUAAGGAGAUGCUGUUUGGGAGCCUGGCUAAACCUGGGCACCCUAUGAGCAAGUUCUGCUGGGGUAACGCUCAGACAUUAAAACACGAGCCCAGAGAGAAACAGAUCAACACGUACCGGCGACUCAGAGACUUCUGGAGGAGAUAUUACUCUGCUCAUUACAUGACGCUUGCCGUUCAGUCCAAAGAGACGCUGGACACUCUGGAACAGUGGGUGAGGGAGAUCUUCAUCAAUGUUCCCAACAAUGGUGAAGCUCGGCCUGACUUCUCUGACCUCCAGCAGCCGUUUGACACACCGGCCUUCAACAAACUCUACAGAGUGGUUCCUGUGAGGAAGGUUCACGCUCUGACCAUCAGCUGGGCCGUCCCCCCUCAGGGAAAACACUACAGAGUGAAGCCUCUUCACUACAUCUCCUGGCUGAUUGGACACGAAGGGACCGGCAGCAUCCUCUCUCUGCUCAGGAAGAAGUGCUGGGCUCUGGCUCUGUUUGGGGGAAACAGUGAGACGGGUUUCGACCAGAACAGCACCUACUCAAUCUUCUCCAUCUCCAUCACGCUUACCGACCAGGGCUACGAGAACUUCUACCAGGUGGUCCAUUUUGUGUUCCAAUACAUGAGGAUGCUCCAGACUCUGGGCCCCCAGCAGAGGAUCUAUGAGGAAAUUCAGAAGAUAGAAGCCAACGAGUUCCACUAUCAGGAGCAGACGGAUCCCAUCGAGUUUGUGGAGAACAUCUGUGAGAACAUGCAGCUGUUUCCCAAAGAAGACUUCCUGACCGGAGACCAGCUCAUGUUUGAGUACAAGCCGGAGGUCAUCAGCGCUGCUCUGUCCCUGCUGACUCCCGACAAAGCAAAUCUGCUGCUGCUGUCCCCAGAAAACGAAGGUCGUUGUCCACUCAGAGAGAAGUGGUUCGGUACCUGCUACAGCGUGGAGGAUAUCCCAGAGAAGUGGGCUCAGUGCUGGGCAGGAGACUUUGAACUCAACCCUGAGCUUGCUGAGAACCAAUUUAUCGCCACGGAUUUCACCCUGAAAAUGUCGGACUGUCCGGACGCCGAGUUUCCUGUCAGGAUUGUCAACAACGAGCGAGGCUCUCUUUGGUACAAAAAGGACAACAAGUUCAAGAUCCCCAAAGCCUAUAUUCGCUUUAACCUGAUCUCCCCGAUGAUUCAGAAGAGUCCUGAGAAUCUGGUUCUCUUCGACCUCCUUGUGAACAUCUUGGCUCACAACCUAGCAGAGCUGGCCUACGAGGCCGACGUGGCUCAGCUGGAGUACAAACUGGUGGCCGGCGAACACGGGCUGGUGAUCCGCCUGAAAGGCUUCAACCACAAGCUGCCGCUGCUGCUCAGGCUGAUCGUGGACCACCUGGCAAGCUUCAGCACCGAGCCGGGCGUCUUCGCCAUGUUCACCGAGCAGCUGAAGAAAACCUACUUCAACAUCCUCAUCAAACCCGACAAGCUGGGAAAAGACGUGCGCCUGCUGAUUCUGGAGCACAGCCGCUGGUCGGUCAUCCAGAAGUAUCAGGCCGUCAUGAAGGGACUGAGCAACGACGACCUCAUGAGCUUCGUCGGCGGGCUGAAGGCCGAGAUGUACGCCGAGGGGCUGGUGCAGGGCAACUUCACCAGCACGGAGUCCAAGGAGUUUCUGCACUACCUCACUCAUAAGCUGCAGUUCCGGCCGUUGUCUGCAGAGGUCCCUGUGCUGUUCCGGGUGGUGGAGCUGCCUCAGAGACACCACCUCUGUAAAGUCAAGUCUCUAAACAAAGGCGACGCCAACUCGGAGGUCAUCGUUUACUACCAGUCGGGGCUGAAGAACCUGCGAGAGCACGCCCUGAUGGAGCUGAUGGUGAUGCACAUGGAGGAGCCCUGCUUCGACUUCCUGAGGACAAAGGAGACACUGGGGUACCAGGUGUACCCCACCUACAGGAACACCUCAGGGGUGCUGGGGUUCUCCGUCACCGUGGAAACACAGGCCACCAAGUUCAGCACGGAGUUUGUGGAGGCGAAGAUCGAGGAGUUCCUGGUUGGUUUCGGUGAGUGCUUGUCAGCCCUGAGCGAGGAGGCGUUCGGGACCCAGGUGACGGCGCUUAUCAAGCUGAAGGAGUGUGAGGAUGCUCACCUGGGGGAGGAAGUAGACCGCAACUGGUUUGAGGUUGUCACACAACAGUACGUGUUCGACCGCCGCAACAGAGAGAUUGAGGCUCUGAAGCUGUUCACUAAGGAGGAGCUGGUCUCCUGGUUCCUGGAGCAUAGAAACAGCAGGAAGCUCAGUGUCCACGUGGUCGGUUUCGGGGUGGAGGAGAACGACCCGGUGGAUCAGAGCGCCAUCUGCAGCCCUGACAACCUGCCCUCCUCGACCUACAGUGAGGUCGGUGGGCUGACCUUCUUGUCGGCCUUGUCGCAGUCGCUCCAGGACGCCACGCUCAUCACUGACAUCAGAGCAUUCACCUCCGCCCUGCCCCUUCACCCCUACCACAAAAUCCUCAGCUAGGUCCCCCCCAAUACAGACCGACAGGAAACUCAAUCACCUCUUCACUUCCUCUCUCAUUCUAAAUAAACCAUGGCAACAGCGAGCAUCGAUACCUGAUGGACAGAAACUGGGGUCCAUUUUAAUUUCUGUAUGUGGCUGUAAUAAAGCUGCAUUCACUGCCUGUGGGGAAAA